GACAUCCGGCUUCUCCCCGCACCGCAUGCAGCACCGUCUUGCUUUCUGCAGAACAAGAACAGGGUGGAGGAAAUCUUUCCGGAUCGAUCGUCCCCCCCCUCUCUCUAAUCGAAAGCGGCGCGAGGUGUUUGGCAUUCGAACGUCGCCAGAAAGGUCGCGCGAGGAUGUGGAAGGCUGCAGCGGCCCCGAGGCGGCUCUCUCUUCUCUCCCCUCUCCGGAGGCCGAGCAGUUUCCCCACGGCCGCCGUCCCCGCCGCGGCGAAAGAUCCCGGCUUGUCGCCGCUCGUCUUCUCCGGAUACUUCUCGAGUAAACCUCCGUUUCGCCUUAUGGGGAGAGGCCUCGCCUCCAGAGCGCUCGCGGCGCGUGGCGAAAGCAUCGCCGUGGCGGACGGCGAGCCCCCGGUCGCGGCCGCCAUCAAGAACCCCACCCCGAGGAUAGUCUACGACGAGUACAACCACGAGCGCUUGCCUCCCGGGUCGCCGAGCAAGCGCGCCUUCGCCUACUUCGUCCUGGUCCUGGGGCGAUUCGCCUACGCGUCCGCCGUCCGCCUGCUCAUCGUCAAGCUGGUCCUGAGCAUGUCGGCCACCAGGGACGUGCUCGCCAUGGCGUCGCUCGAGGUCGACCUGUCGAGCAUCGAGCCGGGCAGCACCGUGACCGUCAAGUGGCGCGGGAAGCCCGUCUUCAUCCGGCGCCGGACGGAGGAGGAGAUCGAGCGGGCGAGCCGCGAGGACUGGACCUCGCUCCGGGAUCCCCAGCCAGACUCCGCGCGAGUCCAGGACCCGGAGUGGCUCGUGGUCGUGGGCGUGUGCACGCACCUCGGCUGCAUCCCGCUGCCGAACGCCGGCGACUACGGCGGGUGGUUCUGCCCGUGCCACGGCUCGCACUACGACAUCUCGGGCCGGGCCCGGAAGGGCCCCGCGCCGCUCAAUCUGGAGGUGCCGGUUUACGCCUUCCUCGACGAGAGGCGGCUGCUGAUCGGUUCUCAAUGAGUUAAUCUUUAGGACGACGGUAUACCUAAUAUAGAUCUGAAUAAUUUGGUUGUUGAACUUCGUAGCUUUGUGAUGAUGAUGACAUUAUGAUGGAAAGCGUACUUGAUAUUGAUGUUCGAUCCUAUGCAUUUCAUGUCACGAUCCUAAGAGGAAAAGACAUUCCGACAAUGUAGAAAUUGCGACAACAGAUGCUUCUUUCCAUAACUUGGAGGGUCUACACAGG